AAGAGAAAGGAAAAUGAGAAAAUACAAAAUAACACUACUAGUACAGUAGUAUCUGCAUUUAACGUUAAAGCCCCUCUCCAACAUUGACGACGCUACCAUCCAAACAAGUUGAGGUGACCAUCUUUCCGGCCGCCUCCUCCCUCCUCCCUGCGCCGCUAAUCACUCAUUUCCAAAACCCUAAGCCCUAAUAGCUCUCCUUUCAUCACUACACUAAAAAUGGAAUGACUAGAAAUCAGCUACUAUAUCUAAGACUAUCGAGUUAAAACCCUACGAUCGGAGACCGGAGAUAAUGCCCUUGUGGGUUCAAAGGGCGUCCAAUAUUUUCUUCAUUGCUCGUUUACAUGCUCAAUCUUCUUAUUAUCCAUCAAUAUCUCACGGACCUCAAUCCGUUUGGUUUACUAAAAUUGUAUGUCUCCUAUGUUUUCACCAUUCUCAAAAUCUUGAUUUAUUGUUCAGUUCUGAUUAUUUCCGUCAGCAUUUGGAUCCGCAUAUUGCUUUCACCGUUAUUCAUCAUAUUAACAACAAUUUGAAUAACCCCGGGUUGGCAUUUCGUUUUUUCCAAUGUACUAGGAUUAGUUUGAAUCUUGUUCAUUGUAUUGGGAGUUUUAAUUUGCUUUUGAGGUCACUUUGUCAAAUGGGGUUUCAUGAUAACGCGGCGUUAGUGUUUAAGUAUAUGAAAGCUGAUGGGUUUGUAUUAGAAAAUUCGAUUUUGGAAAGUGUAGUAUUAGGACUUGCAAAUGCGGGGAAAUUCGAGUUUGCGAAAGAGAUUUUGAUGCAUCAAGCUGAGUUAGUUAGGGAGGAGGGUAGUGUUGUUAGGCCUUUUGUAUAUAAUAGUCUUUUGAGUUUGCUAAUGAAGCGGCGUAGGGUAGAUGAAGCUGUUGAUUUUUUUAAAGAUUAUGUUUUGAGGUCAGAGAGAUUGUUUCCGGAUACCUGUAGUUUUAACACAGUGAUUCGCGGGCUUUGUCGAGUUGGAGGAGUUGAUAAAGCAUUUGAGUUUUUCAAUGACAUGGGAAGUUUUGGUUGUUUCCCUGAUAUUGUAACGUAUAACACACUUAUAAAUGGGCUGUGUGCUGUUGGUCAAGUGGACAGGGCACAAGGUUUGUUAAGGAAUCUUGAGCUACAAGAUGGAUUGUCACCUGAUGUCGUGACGUAUACCUCUGUUAUCUCUGGUUAUUGCAAGUUGGGUAGGAUGGACGAGGCUAUUAAUAUGAUGGAUGAAAUGAUUACUUAUGGUAUUAAUCCAAAUCUGGUUACUUUUAACAUUCUUAUUAAUGGUUUUGGCAAGACAGGAGACAUGUUUUCCGCUAUAAAAAUGUACGGGAGGAUGUGUGCUGUUGGUUACCAUCCUGAUGUUGUUACCUUCACUUCUCUCAUUGACGGUUAUUGUCGGACUGGAGAGUUAGACCAGGGCGUAAAGCUAUGGGAUGAAAUGAACAGCAGACAUUUGUCUCCAAACUUAUAUACUUUUUCCGUUCUUAUCAAUGCUUUGAGCAAGGAGAAUAGGCUAAAUGAAGCUCGAGAAUUGUUGAGGCAAUUGAAAUUGAGGGAUGAUAUUGUCCCCCAACCAUUUGUAUACAACCCUGUGCUUGAUGGAUUUUGCAAGGCUGGUAACCUGAACGAAGCAAAUGUUAUCGCAGCAGAAAUGGAGAGCAAAGGGUGUUGCCAUGAUAAAAUCACCUUCACCAUUCUCAUUCUUGGGCAUUGCAUGAAAGGAAGAAUGUUUGAAGCUACGGCCAUUUUUGAUAAGAUGCUGUCAUUGGGUUGUGUCCCCGAUGAUAUCACAGUAAGUUGUUUGACAUCAUGCCUUCUAAAAGCUGGGAUGGCGAAGGAAGCUUAUAAAGUAAGGCUCGCUUCAUCAAAGGACUUGAAACCGGAUUUAUCAUCUUCAAAACAAUCUGUACCAUUCAAGACAUGUUUGGAUAUCCCAGUGGCUGUUUAGUUAAAAAAUUAUCUGGUUCCUUUGGCAUUCUGAAGGAACAUGCGGAAUGUUGUUCCUUUCAAGUGCUUCAGAACUCGAGGAAGAUUGCUUCAGCAUAUUUACACCAAGCUCAAGAAGCAUGGUCAUCGUCGUUUCUGUAAGCAACCGUUUUGGUAACAGCCGCUAGGAGUUGUCCCGUACAUCAAACACAUUGGCACCUUUUAUAAUUCCGGUCGUUGCCUCGAUGUAGGUUCUCUUUACUGCUUUUCCAGUUUAGACAAGAUCUUCAAAAGUUGACUGGUCACAGAAUACUUUCUUCACAAGCUGGGGCUAUGUGAAGACAUGACUGGGUCGAGGAAGAGCCCCGAUGCCAAGGAAUUCCAUUGGUUAAUACACAGUCAGGAUCCUAGGGUCAGACAUCUCAUUAAUGCCUAAGAAUAACAAAGACAUAUACUUCCAAAUCCUUCUGGGUGGGUAUACGAGUUUUCUGGGUUCAGUAUCGAGAUUCAAGGGACGGAAUGUGUAUGAUCAACAGACUAAGACCUUCUAGUGUACAUUGAUGUGAUGGGAAGUUUGUAAGUAAUGGAUCGUGUUGUUGUGAUCUUUAUUUUCCGUAUUUAUAAUGAAGAUCAAUAUCAUUCUCGCCAA